AUCGAGGGUAGGGAGUCGUUUAAUCAACUAUAUAAAGCCCAGACUCUCACCUUCGACGAAGUAAGGGCCACAACUCGCCGUGAAUAUCCCAAAAUGGCCGAGAGCAUUCGCAGCAAAAUGGAAGAUCUCAAUUUGAACGGUUGCAGCAACGCCACCGUCGCCAUACAUGCCGAUGAUCCCAUCAACGUCGUUACGGAUGUUGCGCCGCCAUUGCACGUCUCGACCACCUUUAGAUACUCUGAUAACCCCGACGAACUAGUCCCAUUAGCAGAGGAAUCUCAGGAGAUCCCCAGCCCCACAUCCCACGUCUACUCGCGCUACACGGCGCCAAACUACACCCGCUUCGAAACAAUCGUCUCCGCCCUCUUGGGAGGUCACAGCGUCACUUACGCCUCUGGCCUCGCGGCUCUAAACGCCGCCCUGAUCUUUUUCAAUCCGAAACGCAUCUCCGUCGGUAAUGGUUACCACGGCAGCCAUGGCGUCAUCAGCAUCAUCUCCCGCCUCACGGGCCUCAAAAAGAUCGAUCUCGACUGUCCCGCCGAGCAGUUGGAAAAAGGUGACCUGAUCCUACUCGAGACGCCCGUGAACCCGCACGGGACGUCUUUUAAUAUCCAGAAGUAUGCGGAAAAAGCACAUUCGCGCGGGGCUUACUUGCUUGUGGAUAGUACCUUUGGGCCUCCUGGCUUGCAGGACCCGUUUCUAUGGGGUGCAGAUAUGGUCAUGCAUUCUGGCACGAAGUAUCUAGGUGGCCAUAGUGACAUGCUCUGCGGGGUAUUGGCGACUAAGAAUGAUGAGUGGAGGCAUAAAUUGUUCAUGGAUAGGCAAUACUUGGGAAAUAUGAUGGGGAAUAUGGAGAGCUGGCUGGGUGUUCGAAGCUUGAGGACUCUAGAAGUUAGAGUCCAGCGGCAGAGUGAGAAUGCCACGUCGCUGGUCGCAUUCCUCGACCAGGCGCUGAAAGUGCCGAAUCCCGCGGCCAAUGAUCCUGCGAGAGUGGUCCAGGCUGCUGUGAAAGAGAUUUUCCACUCCAGUCUACAAGAAAACGAUAUGGCUUGGCUGUCGAAGCAGAUGCCCGGUGGGUUCGGCCCGGUUUUUUCUAUGACGAUGAAAGAAGAACGCCAUGCCCGUGCGAUUCCGUCGAAAUUGAAAUUCUUCCAUCAUGCUACGAGUCUUGGAGGGGUUGAGUCUUUGAUCGAAUGGCGCGCAAUGUCGGAUGACACUGUCGAUCGAAAGCUUCUGAGGCUAAGUGUGGGCUUGGAGAGCUGGACCGAUCUUAGGGAUGAUUUGUUGGCCGGAUUCCAGGCAUGCUUGAAUCUGUGAUACAAACAUACGCCUGCGCUUUCAGCAUCUACCUACAUGUUCCCUCCGUACAUACGCAUACAUCAGUACAUAGUGGUUCCAGUGCCGACAUAGGGAGAUCUCUUAAAGGAAAUGAUGAUUUUUUAGUGUUUUAAUUGUGCAUACUGUUCAGCAAGCAUCUCAACAUCUAUCGUCAUCAAAAGUCAGCACGCCCAAAUGCCAUCUAUCCCCGACAGCAGACUGCUUCCACUGCUGUCUCGUCGGAUCUCGCCAGUCACAGGGCGUUUGGGAAUGGAGCACAAAUUACCCCGCACUCAACUUCCCCCGCACCUAGCAAUUCCUGCCAAGCCUGGCGAUCAGAUAAAAACAAAA